CGCUACACUGCCGUCAUACGACAAACAAUGAGUAUUGACGUUCCGCUUCCCCCUUACGUACAUUUCUCAUCCGAUCAUACGAUUUCUAUUCCAUUCGUAUCUGUAGAAACUAUGGCCAUUACGGCUCUUCCAAUGGACGUUUGGCUAAAAGAGCGCUUAAAGAAAUGGGUACAACUGUCCGGACAUGAAGGCAGUAUCGUUCCGGCAACAACUAGUACAUUAUACAAGAAACAAGCUGGUAACUGCAGUGAGGCGAGAGCUUAUGAGAAUAUCUCGAAAGAUUCAGUACUGAAUGGAUUCACACCACGUUACUACAAACAGCUGCAUAAAAACGAUGAAUGUUUUAUCGAAAUCGAGGACUUAUUGCAACAGUUUACCGAUCCAACGAAAACUAGUAUAAUGGAUAUAAAAAUUGGCACCCGGACUUUUCUGGAGUCUGAGGUGUCGAAUACGAAACGAAGGAAAGAUUUGUACGAAAAAAUGACAGCUAUAGAUCCAGAAGAGCCAACACCAGAAGAAAGAGCUUGUGGAGAAAUCACAAAAUUGCGUUAUAUGCAGUUCCGAGAACGAGAAAGCAGCUCUGCUUCGAUGGGAUUUCGAAUAGAAGCCGCUAAGGUAGCUGAUGGUUGCCUGCAAAAGAAUUUCAAGAAAGUUCGAACAGUUGACGAUGUCACUCGAACAUUAAUAGAUUUCUUCGGUGAAGAUCGAGAAAGAGUGAGAAGCAAACUACUAGCUCGACUGAAUGCAAUGAGAUGUGCCAUCGAAAAGAGCCGAUUUUUCGCUACACAUGAGGUCGUUGGGAGUUCCUUGCUUAUUGUACAUGAUAACGAGAAGGUCAACUGUUGGAUGAUUGAUUUUGCAAAAUCAUCGCCAGUUGAUCCUCCUAAAGCCCUCAAUCAUCGCACUCCUUGGGUUCCAGGGAACUCUGAGGAUGGAUACCUUACUGGUAUCGACAACCUUGUCAAGGUGUGUUUUGCAGAUCCGUACGUUUUUUGCCGUUUGAUAUAA